AUUUUUCAGCUCAGAAAUGCAUCAGAAGAUCAACUUUCAGACAUAUUAAUGGAAGACCAAAUUCUGGAUACUCUUCAAGGCAUUGGCUAUAAUGGUGUACCCGCAAGAGAAAACAAAGAAUCAAUUAAAAAAAAUCAUUGAGUAAGUACUGCAUAUGAUGCAGAUCAAUACAGUUACAGCUGUCCUAACGUUUAGUGCGUUUGCACUAAUGCAUCAGUCAAUUCCACCUCCCCAGCCCCUCCUUCCCAGGGCUACUGCAGCCUGGGGUGGGGGGGGGGAUUGUGGGGGCUGGGCGCAGGUGGAAUUGACUGAUGCAUAAGAUUCAUGCAAACACUUAAUAGUUGGAAACCAUUGUACCUUAACUCUUGCUCAUAGCUGAGCUACAUUUUUUGUUCCGUUUUUCUUUUUAAAUGGUUUUCUUUGUAGACAUGUACAUGCCCACAUCUUUAUGUGACAGGGUAAUGUAAAUCUGAUGAAGUAAGCUGACUGCAACGGAAAAAUUUAAUUUCUUUUGCAAAAGCAAAGCUUUCUUUCCCCUUUAUAGGGCAAGAUAACAAGUUUUUUGCUCUCAGGGAAGUUACAGUAAAAUUAUAAUGCACUCUAAAGCUUGAUGAAUCAUUCCACUAUAACCCAGGGUAGACCACACAACACUGCCUUGGUAAAAUAAUGGUUUGUAUCCAGGAGUCAAGUGUGUUUGUGUUACUAAUGACUUGUAGGAAUUUAUUAUAUUAAAUGACAUUAAAUGGAAUAACAGUAAUAGCAGUUUUGUGGGCAUUUUUUUUAAAUGCAAAUAAGAGACCUUUUGCUAAAAUUUAUGUCCCAUUUUGCCAAUUAAAAAUUUAAUGUUCCAAGGAGUAUCUGGCCGAUUUUAGUUUGUUCUUGUUCUUUCGUUUACAGAGCAAUUUGUAUGAAUGACCAAUCUCCUACAAUAUUGUCUAGCAUCUCCAAACUUGAAGAAGGAUUGAAGACAUAUGGUCUCUUAAAGUCAAUAAGAGAGUACCCACUGAUAUGGGAACCAGUGUUUGUCUCAGGAAGUGCCCCCAGUUUAACAGCUACAGCUUUUCUUAAUGAGCUGCUUGUGGAUUUCAGUUUGUCUGAUGUUAAGAAACAAAAGGAGAUAGAUGUAUUCUAUCAUUUUACCAACUACAUACAAUCACUCAAUACAGAUGGUUUGCAAACAACUUUGAAGUGGGCAGUUGGAUCCAGUACUAUUCCACCACUGGGAUUACCCAAGAAACUGUCUAUACAGUUUCUGCAUGUCUGUGUAGUUGGAUGCCGAUGUCGGCCAACCACAUCCACAUGUGCUCUUAAAAUUACCCUGCCUGUGUAUCUUGACAAUGCAGAUGACAUGAAGAGUAUCAUGGGUUCAGCUAUAACUGAUUCAGAGGGCUUUGGUUUGGUUUAA